UGGGGACCGAACCCAGGACCUACUGAGCUAAAUCCCCAACCCCUACCUUCUUUUUCUUGACUGUCCUGGAAUAUGCUCUGUAAAUCGGGCUGGCCUUUAAUUCACAGAGAUCCACCUGCCUCUGCAUCCCGAGUCUCCAGUGCUGGGAUUAAAGCCCGUGCCAACACCGCCCAGCCAGUCCUGUUAUUUUUUUGAGGUAAACAAGAGAAGGCAAACUGGUAUAAAGGUAUAGCCCAGAGACGGAUGUGACAAGGUAUAGACACUGAGCGGUCACUUUCCAGCCUAUGUUUUGGAAGGAGAGACGAGUCCUAAUGUUGCACCAAGCUCUUGUACUUGAUGCAUUUAAAGAAAGCGGUGUUCAGUGUUUCUAGUGACGACCCAUCUAGCACAGAUUCUAAUGUAACUUGUGGCUAGUCUCAGGCAGUGUCUCCGUCAUGUCAAAAGAUGAGUGUCAAGAAAGGAAGGCAGGGACCUGGGUCCUCUUUCCUUGGGAUACUAAAAUCCAGACUCAUCUAGAGAGACUUCAUGAGAGCUGUCUCUGAGUUUCUGCCCACUGUCUUUCAAGUUCAGCCUCCUAGAUGACCCGCAUCCUGAUGAUGGUUUCCUCUACGAUCUCGAAUGCAUCGUUCUUUCUCUUCUUCCUUUAUGAGAAAGGAUCUCCAAGAAAGUAUCCUUAGGGAUUAGGGAGUUGAGCGGAUUAGCAGGUGGGGUGCGUGCGAAGCGCUGUUUAUUAGGAAAAAGUUGGACCAGGAUAGGUUACAGCAACCGUUUUCGCUAUCCAUACCCCACUGAGGCUCUAAGAAACCCCAGAGACUCCAUGGCCCGAGCCUUGUGGCCAGGGCAGCCAGAACGUGGCAAGGCCCCGGAGCUAGCUCGGGAGCCUCACCUCUGUGCCCGCAGCCUCCUCUCCACACCGUGCCUCCGGCUCCUCCAGCCCCCACACAGGCCCCCGCCUAGACUCAGCUUCAGCACCGGCUGCUUUUGCUGCAGCCGCUGCCAUGGUGAUGGGUCUCGCGAGAACUGCCGCUCGCUAGCGCGCACUUCUCGCGCGAUCGUGGAGGUGGGAAGUAUCCCGGGCUGGGGGUGGGUGUUCGCCGCACAGCUCCUGUCGCCGUCGCGGCUUCCGGUGCUAGGUGGAGGGAGGGCAGGAGGGAGCCGCCGGGAGCGGGCCAGCGGACCAGCUACGCCGCGGUCGGCUUGCGGAGCGGGAGGCAGCGGCCGGAGAGCCAGGCGGAACCUGCGGGGGCGGAGGCGGCGGUGGCAGCCGGGGCGCAGAGAGCAGGAACAGGUUCGGAGCUGGAGAGGGAAGGCGGGUCCGGGCAGGGAAGAGGCUGGGUCAGGGUGGGAGCCCGAGGUCCCUCGUCGCGGUCCGCCUCUCACGGCCUGGCGAGGUGCAGGGGGCGAUCCUCGCAGAGCUGGGGACCCCAGUCCCACUCCUGCCCCCGCAGCUGAAGGACGCCGAGCUGGGGUGGGGGCGGGGGGCGCACACGGAUUUGUCCUCGGCCUCGCCCGAGGGGGCGACCUGGGCUGCAGAGGAUCAAGCCCUCCAUACCAGGGACCAGGCUAAAACCAGAUUACCACUGCCCCUACCUGGGCCCUGUUGACUUAAAGCAGCCACUGUAAUCAUGGGCAAUAUCUUUGGGAACCUUCUGAAGAGCCUGAUCGGGAAGAAGGAGAUGCGCAUCCUGAUGGUGGGCCUGGAUGCUGCAGGAAAGACCACCAUCCUCUAUAAGCUGAAGCUUGGCGAGAUUGUUACCACCAUUCCCACCAUCGGGUUUAAUGUGGAGACAGUGGAAUAUAAGAAUAUCAGCUUCACAGUAUGGGACGUAGGUGGCCAGGACAAGAUUCGGCCCCUCUGGAGACACUACUUCCAGAAUACCCAAGGCUUGAUAUUUGUGGUUGACAGCAAUGACCGGGAGCGAGUGAACGAGGCCCGGGAAGAGCUGAUGAGGAUGCUGGCGGAGGAUGAGCUCCGGGAUGCUGUGCUGCUUGUGUUUGCAAACAAACAGGAUUUGCCGAAUGCUAUGAAUGCUGCUGAGAUCACAGACAAGCUGGGCCUGCACUCUCUGCGCCACCGCAAUUGGUACAUUCAGGCCACCUGUGCCACCAGCGGGGACGGGCUCUAUGAAGGCUUGGACUGGCUGGCCAAUCAGCUCAAAAACAAGAAGUGAGAGCCAGGCAGCCCUCUCUGACUACCCCACCCACUCCUGAAACAUACCUGUUGUCUCCUUACCCCAAUUUCCCCCUUUCUUCCUCAUGAAAGUGUGGCCAAGGUCCUGGGUGUCAUGUCCACUGCCCAGCAAGCGCCUUUCCUCCUGAGCCUCCCGCCCCCUUCCUUGUGCACUGACACGGUCAGCCCCCACUGCUGUCCUGAUGAUGAGUCAUUCCAAUCUACUGGGUUUAAACCAGAAGGAGGCUGUUAUGGUUUCGUGGGGUCCCCCUUGGUUUCAGGAGGAAGAGUGGGGACGUUUCCUCUGUUUGCUGUUUGGCACUGGUUGCUGUGCUCUUGGCAUCUGAGUCCCUUCCCUGAGUCCCUGGCCACUCUCUUCCCUGUCUUCCUUUCCUUCUACACCCUCCUAUUCUACAUGGACAUUGGACAUUGCACGGGCCUCUCUGUGUGUGCGUGCAUGUGUGCGCCUGUAUAUAUGUGUAUAGAGAGAUAUAUCUGUGGGGUCAGGGGAGGGAGUGGAGCGCAGCUCAGGGCUUGCAGCCAGGACACUGCACACUAGACCCUGUCACCUGCCCUUCUGUGUUGGUGAGAGAAGGGGAUGUGGGUGAGUCCCAUUGCUUUCCUCUGUGGGUGAGAGAAGGGGAUGUGGGUGAGUCCCAUUGCUUUCCUCUGCAGGCGGCAUUCCUGGGUGUUAGGAGAGACUGAGCUCCAACAGUCAUCUGUCUUCUCUUCCCUUCUCCACCCUUAUGAGCACACGAAAUGGCAUUGAUCUCUGGGUCACUGUUCCAAGGGGAUGCCAUCCUCCUCUGCUUCAUUAGUGGGAAGGAAAGGAGCCCACUCACGUUGUCAGUCUAGUCAGGAGUGUUCAGUUGCUCCUCUCCCAUCAACCUCACUUCUGCUCCCCAGGAACUCGAGGGAGGUGGCUUAGUGGGACCUGAUGUAUUGGGGCCUGCAUGUUGGGGGGUGGACAGCGGUUUAGGGAAGGAAGGCCCAGACUUUCCAUCUUACUCUUGUACCCAUGGAGCAGGCCUGUUCCUGCCUUUGGGCCUUGGGGGCUGGGUGGUUCUGUCUGUCAGAGAUCCCUCAGUAGAUCUGCUGACCCGAUGAGCACUGACUAAGUGGAGUAAUGACAAGGAAGCCAUGGAUUGGGGUGACAUAGCCAACCUCAGUGUCACCUCUGUUCUCCAGUCUAGUCUCUGUCUAGUGCAGGACCAGACGAGAUGAGCUUCUGCUGUGCUCACGGUCCUGUCCCCUCCUCUCUGGCAGUGUUCCCCAGUCCUCAACCUGUCCCUGGAUAGGAUGGUGGGGUGGAAUGGAUGCCGUAGGACCCUGUACGGCUGGGGCUGGAACCCUGAUCUUCAGGGCCUUCCCUCAAUCAUUCUCUGCCUGUUCAGCUGCUGCUGCAGGUCUGUAGAGGGCGCUUGUUGCAGAAGCUUUGACCUGGGUCCUGACUUAUCACUGCACUGAAGCUGCGGCUGUUCUGUGGGCUCCUGUGUGUGCUGGCUGCGCCCUGAGCUCCAAAACAGCUGCCCAUAUCCUGUCUGCUAAGGUCAGGACCCUGGGCUCUCUGCAGCAUGGCCAACGGACCCUUCCCAGAGGGCUGUUCUGAGUUGUACUUGAUGGCCAGGUUUCCUGCCACCUUUGACUUCUACAGCAGGCAGAUAGGUUCCCAGCUUACUGUGAGAAUGUGUGCUUGUGCAAGGUUCCAGGAUAUGUCUCAGUCAGGUAGUGCUGUGCUACCCCAGAUACCACACCAUGGCGGGGUGUGCUCUAGACCUGGUGUCCAUGUGUGUGUCCGUGCGUGAGUGUGUGCGUGCCAUGUGUGAGUGUGUGAUCUCUACAGGGGGUGCCAGGGGUUCUGUUUCAUUUUCAAUGGGUUCCUUCCAUUCCCAACACUGCGCUCUUCUCUUUACAGUUCCUGAGUCUUCCCCUGUCGCUCUCAUUCUCUCUGCCGUUUUCAAGUCACCCCCUCUGUUGCUGCUGUGAGCGCCUGUUUGCCUUUUCGGUUGACUCACCACUUUGCCUGUUUGUUUUUGAUUUAGUUUUUGUCUUCUAUCUGAUUUUCUACUCUCUCUUUGCUUUGAGGUUGGUGAGGACUUUGCCUUUUACUCUGCCACGCUUUCUGACCUUUCCUACUUAGAUGCUAGUUCCAGAUAAGUUGUGUACAUUGCAGACUUCAUUCCACUACUGCACCCCUUACCACAGCAUCUUCUUUUUCUCCACCUCCUGGGACCAACCUAAGGCUGAGCAGGCUGAAGUAGCCUUGAGUGUUGCCUUGGUGCCUGCUGCUCCAGAUAUGUCCAGCAGAGGGCAGUGACAUCUUGGUAACAUCUGGCUUUGUGGUGGGGUUGGGGAGCUUUCUACAUUCCCUAAUCAGUCUUUAAGGGUUGGGCAUUUCAUCCCAUUUCUGUGAACCCCUCUCUUGCUUUUCUCAAGUUUAAUUUUUGAUCUUGUUCUACCUUUCUUUUGUGGGGACUCUCCCUUCCCUCCACCUCCAGAAUUUAUGGUGUUACAGUGGUAUCUGCAGUUCUGAAGUGGGUUUUUUCUUUUUGCUGUCUCUGGAAUGUAGACUGUACGUGUUUAAUAACUUGCCUUCUCUAUCCUUGCUCAGAAAUGUGGAUAAUGCAAUGGCUGUGACCCUGGUUGGAAAUUAAACUUGUUUUAUGCAGCUUU